GAGUCGCCAACCGGUAUCAAACAGACCACGCAGAUGUUGCAGAUAAGGAGUUGGUAUAAAAGAGUCUGCUGGUCCUCAGCUCGUUGUACAGAAGCAACAUGGGCAAACUACUCAUCUGCGCUGGGCUGGCUCUCCUGCUGCACGUGCAGCUAGGUUCGUCCUACAUCCUGUCCUGUUAUUUCACCAACUGGGGACAGUACCGUCCCGGUGCAGGCAAGUACUUCCCCACCAACGUCGACCCAUGUCUCUGUGACCACCUCAUCUACGCCUUCGCCGGAAUGAACAACAACAUGAUCCAGACCUACGAGUGGGACGACGUGAAGCUCUACGGCGAGUUCCAGGCCCUGAAGAACCAGAACAGCAACCUGAAGACGCUGCUGGCCAUCGGAGGGUGGAACUUCGGAACCCAGAAGUUCUCGGCUAUGGUCGCCUCCGCCGCCAAUCGCCAGACGUUCAUCAGCAGCGUGAUCACGUUCCUGCGUCAGUACGAGUUCGACGGCCUGGACAUCGACUGGGAGUACCCGGGCUCCCGCGGGUCAGGACCUCAGGACAAGGCUCUGUACACCACCCUGGUUCAGGAGCUCAUGAGCGCCUUUGAGGCUGAAGGCCAGAAGACCAACCGCCCCCGUCUGCUGCUCACCGCCGCCGUCUCUGCAGGGAAGGGAACCAUCGACUCCGGAUACCAGAUCGCCCAGAUCGGAGCCGUGCUGGACUACUUCCACGUCAUGACCUACGACUUCCACGGCUCCUGGGAGCAGAACGUGGGCGAGAACAGCCCUCUCUACCAGGGCCCCGCCGACCAGGGAGCCAUGAUUUACUUCAACGUGGACUACGCCAUGAACUACUGGAAGAGCAACGGCGCCCCGGCUGAGAAGCUGCUGGUGGGUUUCCCCACCUACGGCCACACCUUCCGCCUGGCCUCCUCCAACACCGCCGUGGGCGCUCCGGCCAGCGGCCCCGGACCCGCCGGGACCUACACCCGUCAGUCUGGCUUCUGGGCCUACUACGAGAUCUGCACCUUCCUGAAGCAGGGCGCCACCCAGGCCUGGGACGCCCCCCAGGACGUGCCCUACGCCUACAACCAAGGACUCUGGGUUGGAUACGACGAUGUGAAGAGCUUCCAGAUUAAGAUCGACUGGCUGAAGAAGAGCGGCUUCGGUGGAGCCAUGGUGUGGAGUCUGGACCUGGAUGACUUCAGCGGCACGUUCUGCGGCCAGGGAACGUACCCCCUGAUCAACACCAUCAAGAGUGGACUGGGAACUGGGACAACCUGCAGCGCUCGCACCAACCCCCUGCCUCCAGUCACGCCGACCAAACAGGCCCCACCUCAGCCCGCGGGCGGCGGCGGCAGCAGCGGCGGCAGCAGCAGCGGCAGCAGCAGCGGCGGCAGCACUGGUUCCGGCUUCUGCGCCGGAAAGGCCAACGGACUCUACCCAGACCCAACCGACAAGAACGGCUUCUACGAAUGCAACCAGGGAAGCACCUACGUCCAGCACUGCGCCACCAGCCUGGUGUUCGAUAACAGCUGCAAGUGCUGCAACUGGGCUUAAGGGAUCAAUGGCGGAACCUCGCGCUGGCCGUUAGGAGUCGAGUCAACAGCUAUGCAACAUCUGUCUGCGACUCAUUGAUGAACAGCUGUGUAACAUCUGUCACUGGUCUUCUUUAAAUAAAUAUGACAUUUAAAGCAA